UUUUUUCACCAGGGUCACAGAGCACUCAAGAGACAGUUUCAGCUUUCUACUACUGAAGCUCGAUCUAUCGUUGCUUCAUGUCCCGAUUGUCAAGGCCAACAUUUUCCAACAGUUUAUGGAGUAAAUCCUAGAGGCUUACAGGCCCUACAAAUUUGGCAAACUGAUAUAACUCAUAUUACAGAAUUUGGCCGACAAAAGUAUGUACAUGUAUCAAUUGAUACUUUUUCUUCUGUCAUUAUUGCUACUGCACAUACUGGAGAAACAGCAAAAGAUGCUAUUAGGCAUUGGCAAAAAGCCUUCGCCAUCUGUGGUGUUCCUCAACAAAUUAAAACUGACAAUGGUCCCGCUUAUGUUUCUGGGCGAGUGAAAUCAUUUUUACAGUCUUGGGGUGUCAGCCAUGCUACAGGUAUUCCUCAUUCCCCCACUAGUCAGGCACUUGUAGAACGUGCCCAUGGUACACUUAAGUGCCUUUUACAAAAACAAAAGGCAGGAAUGUCUGGGGAAUCACCUGAAGCAAGGCUGAACAAGGUGAUGUAUGUAUUAAAUUUCUUAACUAUCAAUGAGGAACAUCAGAAUCCCCCAAUGAUUCGACAUUUUGAAUCCUUGAAGUCUACCACAGCUAUCUCUGAUGGAGUGAAGGUUCAAGUGAAGGACCUUCAAAGUGGUCAGUGGUCAGGCCCAUGCAAGCUAUUAACUUGGGGUCGAGGAUAUGCUUGUGUUUCCACAGAUGAAGGACCUCGGUGGUACCCUGCUCGUUGUGUUCGCCCUGCUGUGGAUAAGCCACGGAGGCCACGUGUGGAGAAUCAAACAGCUGGAGAUGAGCGUGAUGGAUAGCCCUUGCUAACAUCAAAGAACUGCCAUAACAACUGGAGUAUAAGUCGUAUAUCGGAACCACAGAUUAGAGCUGUUAGGAUCAGUAGAAGUGGAGCAUAAGUCAUGUACUGGAAUCACAGAUUAGAGUUUUUAGGAUUAGUAGAAAGAGAGUAUAAGUCAUGUACUGGAAUCACAGAUUAGAGCUGUUAGGAUCAGUAGAAACGGAGUAUAAGUCACUGUUUGCAUACUUUUCAGAUGCACCUACAAUGUUACUCAGCGUGGUCAAGUAUUGAUGCUGCUUUGCUUCCCUGUUUCAAGAAUGGUCAAAUCUCUGCUACUUUGGAGCUGCCUCCAUCCCUGCCUGCCCUUGCAUUUGAGACAGGGAGACACUGCGAACACCGCCACGUCUGUCAGCGCAGCCCACUCCGCACACAGCGCGCUGUCGCCUCCACGAGAACGAACAGCGUAACAGCGUCUGGAAAAACACUAUUUGAAAAAAACACCGCUAUAAAAAAUAAACACUCUAUCAGAGGGAUGUUCUGUCCAAUUUAAAAAAAAACAGUUACUUGGAUGAACUUUACUUUAGCUUAAAUCAAAAUACUCCCUUUUUUGAAAUAGUAACUACUUUCUGUACUGUGAUCUUUCAGAUCCCUCCACCCCGGACCACUCCGCGGCUCGCAGCGCGCGCGGGGCCGCUGCAGGGGGCGCUGCAGGGGGCGGAGCACGCGCGGAAAGCCGCGACCGUUUGUGUUCAAAAACCUCCGUGCGGGCGGGGCGGCGCUUGCUCGCUGCCCCCGGGAUCCGGCUGCGGGCUGGGGUCCCCGCGGAGCGCCAUGGCAUCUUGGAAGGAUGCUCAACCGUCCUUCAGCCUGAGUGGUGUGAGGGAGCGGAUGUUGGAGAAGAAGAAUGGUGCCUUGAGGACUGCGAAGUUGAAUGCUUCACUUGCAUCAAAAAUCAAAACGAAAAUCAUUAAUAACUCCUCCACUUUUAAAAUCUCCCUGAAGCACAACAAUAAAGCACUGGCCCUGGCCCUCAAUGCGGCGAAAGUCACUGUGCAGCAGCUCACUCAGGAGAAGAUGAUCUUAAAGAAGGAGGUGGACCAGUGCCACAUCCAGAAUGCUCUGCUGCAGCAUCGGCUCUCCUUCCUGAAUGACACCAUGACAGAACUUGAAAGGCUUUUGGCUUCAGUUAAGAUGGCUUGUCUCUCUGAGUUCCAUACAAGUUUUGCAUCCUUGUCCAAUGGCCAUAAGAGCAGCAUGGCUGAAGAUAGCUGGGCCGAUGAUAUUGCAGAUGGUCAGCUUGUGAGGGCUGCAGGGAUGCCAUUGAGGGUUCCCAUUUCCAGGCUGUGUGAUGCAGGACAGCAAGGUGGCAUCUCCACAGCAAUACAGACAUCCUCGCUAGACCUUCAGAGACCUGCUACUAAUGAGCCCCUGGAAAUUGUGCCUGUUGCCUCCAAAGACACUUUGCCACCUGCUGAGCAGCCUCAGUCACACGAGGAAGAGAAUGGGAAGAAGCUGACUGAAACAAUGGAAGCACAGGAGGCUUUUGUUGGGUCUUGCAUCUUUGGAGAGGCCUUGUGUACCACCCAACAAGAUCCCAACAAUUUGCCAGCGCGUGCCUGGGAAAGUCAUCCCCUUUUAUGUGAGGGCAGUGAGAUGGCAAAACAUCUCUUUGAUCGUCUCUCACAAGGGCAUGUUACUCAGAGGAGAAAGCGUUCCACCCUUUUUGCAACAAGAGCUUCAUCUUCUCUUGUGGAUAUCAUCCCACAUGCCAGUUCCACUCAGGCAGCUCAGUGGAGUAUCACAGAGGACAGCAGCAGCUCCAGCAAGAGUGACACACAGCCACAGCUGAAAUCUCCCAGCUCCCUGGUUUCCCCUACUCAAACCACUGUUACUACUGAUAAAAAAUCUUUGGCUAAAGAGAUUUUCUGUGAUCAGCUACAGGCUAAAGAAACUGGGUGUGGUGAAAUGGAUCUCGGGUAUAGCAGAGUCCCUGAGUUUGUUCCUGUAAAGGUUAAAAGCAAGGGUAAUGGUAAAACUGGUGAGAAAAAAACUGUUAAAAAAGCAAGCAUGAGUAAAAAAAAACCAAAUGCAAUUAAAAACUAUGCAGAAAGUAGUUAUCUGCCUCAAGAUGAAAACAGUGCUCAAAAUGUAAAGAAGCUUCUUCAGCCAGAAGUUGCAACAUGUUCUGUUGAGUCUGAAGUUUCUGAGAUGGGGCAGAAGGCUUGUGUGGAGGCUUUGAACAGGAAGAACAGAGGCUGUGGUGUUGAUCAGGAUUCCUGCUCUGCUGAUGAAGUCCAAGAUCUCAGAAGAACAAAUGUGGUGGAUCCAGCACAGCCACAGCUGCAGAGUCUCCAAGGUGGUGACUUACUGCAGCAGGUUAUGAAGGGAGCCACUUUUGAGGUCCAGACUAUGGAGAGCUCAUCAGAAAGCCCAGUUGGUACCUUCUCAAGUCAUGAAGUUCCCUCAGAUGAUUUGAGUUUACAAAAUACACUUCUCUUGAGGAAAGAGACCUCAAAUGCCUGUGCUUUGCAAAAGGACUCAAGUAGGAGCACAAAGAGCAUCAGACAGAAAACCAACAGAAGAACUAGAGUAAUUAGGCAAAAAGACAAGUCUGAUGAGGAGAAUCUGCCAAACAGUGUGAAAAUACCAGGGGCCAAAGCAGAAGAACAGCCUAAGAAAAGGCAGUCAGAAAGCCCAGUUGGUACCUUCUCAAAUUACAAAGUUCCCUCAGAUGAUUUGAGUUUACAAAAUACACUUCUCUUGAGGAAAGAGACUUCAAGUACUUGUGCUUUGGAAGAGGACUUAGGUGGGAGCACAAAGGGCAUCAGACAGAAAACCAACAGAAGAACUAGAGUAAUUAGGCAAAAAGACAAGUCUGAUGAGGAGAAUCUGCCAAACAGUGUGAAAAUACCAGGGGCCAAAGAUGAACAACAGCCUAAGAAAAGCCAGUCAGAAAGCCCAGUUGGUACCUUCUCAAAUUACAAAGUUCCCUCAGAUGAUUUGAGUUUACAAAAUACACUUCUCUUGAGGAAAGAGACUUCAAGUACUUGUGCUUUGCAAGAGGACUCAGGUGGGAGCACAAAGAGCAUCAGACAGAAAACCAACAGAAGAACUAGAGUAAUUAAGCAAAGAGACAAGUCUGAUGAGGAGAAUCUGCCAAACAGUGUGAAAAUACCAGGGGCCAAAGAUGAACAACAGCCUAAAAGAAGCCUGACAAGCAGGAAGAAGACUGUCAGGAAAAGUAAUUGUAGUGAUCAGAGAAAUGAAGUUGAUUUUGGGCCAUGUAUAGAUGUUCAAGAAAUGGCCAAGGAGAGCACAAAGGAUUCACUGUGUAAUCCUAAACAUAUCAGGAAAACUUAUGUUGUCCAUCCUUUGGAUCUUGCAGGAAACUUAGUUUGUGUCCAGACAGAUUUUGAAGGGGGUGAAAUUGUACCUCAUGUGUCUGUUCCAGGGAGAAAAGCUAGCAAAAUUCCCAGACUUGAGGGUAUGGGAGCUGCUCAGAGCAAUAAAAAACUGAUGGGGGGCCUUCAAGAAAAGCAGCAACCUAGAGUUGACAGCAUGAAUGCUUUGAAAAAAGAAGCUUAUCCCAAACCGAAGUGUCAGUGGAAGAGUAACACCUCUAGUCCAUCAGAGGCUGAUUCCCUGGCCACACAAAGUGAUGGUACCAAGGUGCUCAUUGGAAGUUCAGCAGAACUUGCAUCCAAGCGAACUGCCCUGACGGGUAAAUUUUCCUGGAUUACACAUCUGCUGUCUGAGCCAGAUGCCUUCCUGCAGGAGCAGAUAGCUGAGAUAUCACUUGAAAAUAAUCUCAUGGAUGUUUCACACUGUCUUGAAUCCUCCUCUGUGACCUGUUCUGCAGCUCUGUCUGUCAUCUCCAGGCUUACAGAUGUAUCAGUUUCCAAGAGGUUGAGUACUGAGAGCAACAGAAUGCCGGAGAAAUACUCUGUUGGGCUUGAAAGCUCCCUGAUAUUUAAAGAAAUGCCUGCAGAGGAAAUACCUGGGGAAACAAACCAGGUGGAGUCAAGUUCUCGGAGCUCACCUUCACAGGAACCUGAGAUCAUGCCACUACACGACUUGACCAAUACCAAGACUCUGCCUUCCUCCAGCUCUGAAGAAGGGUUAGGGCGCCCAUCCAGGAAGAGACGGGACCCACCCAGCUAUGCAGAGCCAAAAAUCAACAGGAAACUGAGGCGGGGUGACCCAUUUACAGACAUGGCGUUCCUCCAAUCUCCUCCCUACAAAACCAAAAAGAAGAAAAUUGCCAAAGCCAAGGGGAAGGCCAAGAAGAUCAAUAAGGAAAAAGAAAUGCUUUCUGAAGGAUGUUCCAGAGCCAAGUCACAGAAGCUAAUAAUGGGAAAAGAUACGGAGCCAGAAGUAAAAUAGUGGUUGAGCGGGCAGUCCCUAGGGCUUGUGCAUCUUUGCUAGACUGUUUCUGAUGUUUUGCAUAACAGCCUAUUUUUAAUAUUAAAGUAUA